AUGUAUAUUAAGAAUCUUGUACCCUUUCUUCAAUCUUCUGCCAAAGUUUGGAAGCUCAAUGGCGGAGAUGAAGCCUAUCCGCCGCAAUGUCCUAUUGACUUACCUUUAAGUUGCCAAAAUCAUACAGCAAUUGAGGACACCUGUUGUUUUGAGUAUCCUGGCGGCAUUUUCCUGCAAUCACAACUUUGGGAUUAUAUUCCUUCACGCUCUGGAAUGGACGAUGAGGAGUUGGAGAAGCAGUUGGGACCACUAGAUUCCUUCACCAUCCAUGGAUUGUGGCCUGACAACUGUGGAGGAGGUUUUGAGCAAUUUUGCGACGAUUCUUUGGCAAUCGAUGACGUGUACUAUCUGCUGAAUUCCGAACAGUUUAACGAUGACAAAAGAAAACUCGAGAUACCUGGUAGGGAGCUACUUAAAGAAAUGAGUAGGUUAUGGAAAAGUAAUAAUGGCGAUGAUGAAUCGCUGUGGAUCCACGAAUACAACAAACACGGCACCUGUAUCAAGACAAUUAGACCAAAGUGUUACUCACGCUGGGGAAACAGGGAAAUGGUUGUAUCAGAUGUAGAUUAUAAAAAGCAAUCGGUGUACGACUAUUUCCGAGUGGCAUACAACACUUAUAAGCGGCUGAACACCACUGAGAUCUUGAAGGAGCAUGGAAUUGUACCUAGUUUGACGAAGACUUACACUAGGCACGAAAUCCAGUCAGCAUUGAACAGCGGUUUCAACAAUCAAAAUGUUCACUUUGCAUGCGAUAACCAUCAUUCUCUCAAAGAAGUUUGGUACUACCAUCUGUUGCAAGGAUCUUUACUCAGCGAAGACCUCGUGCCAGUUGGAUACCUCGGCAACGGCAACUCCAAAUGCCCUGAGAAGGGUAUCAAAUUCUACCCCAAGGGCUACAUGCCAUCCAAGAAGGGCGGAGAGGGCCCCAAAGGCCCUCUUUACAGAGGUAUAAUCAGGGUGAGUGGGUACGAAGGAUUCCUGAUCAGAAACGGACAUUGGAUGAUCAAGGGCACGCCUGCUAAUUUUAAAUUAGUUGAAGCACCUUUCGGUGGCUUUUACUUAGUGUCCCGCAACGGCUAUUGUGGACUGACCGAGACCGGCUUGCUUACAUGCAAUAAACAUAUCGGCAAUGCAGGCCAAUUCGAGUACGAUGCCGAUAAAGGCUACUUAGGCUAUUCUGGAUCUUUCGAAUGGGGUGCGACCGUUUUGCCACACGGAAACGUUCAGAGUUUUGUGUACCUAGGGGACGCCGCUGCAAAACCCUACCAAUUCAAACUGAAAUUUAUCAGACACUAG